CAGACGCCGCAGCGGGCCUCUGGAGGACCUGACGGUGUCCCGGUCCCGGUGUCUCCUGUCUACCGACCCGCGGGUCCGAACAUGAGUGCGCUCGUGUGAGCGGUGAGCGCGGGAAGCAGCAGCACGGAGAGAAUCAGCUGUUUACCGCCUGGUGACGUCAGCAGCAUCACCGUCAGCAGAGCACCGUCACCGACCGGACACCGGGCAGGUAUGUCUCUGUGUGACGCCGCCGCCGGUAAGAAGAAGCACGUCCGGUUCGCCAGCAUGGAGGACCAGGACGACAACGAGGACCAGGAGGAGGACACCCUGUUCGACCGGAGGAAGGACACCGGGAGGCGGCUGAAGAGCGUCCUGAAGGCGGCCCGGAGGACCGGAACACCGGGAGCAGACCACCGGGUGGAGGUGGUCGGGGGGCGGCGGGGCGGGCAGGGCGCGUGCGGCCGCUGGAUGGUCACCCUCGCGCUCUGUGCAUCCUUCCUGGGCCUGGGGAUGAGCAUCUCUGUCCUGGGACCAACCUUCCAGGACCUGGCUGUGAAUGUGAAGAAGGACAUCAGCAACAUCUCCUACAUCUUCGUGGGUCGUUCUGCAGGAUACAUCGGAGGAUCUCUGUUUGGAGGAAUCCUCUUUGACUGCAUGAACCCUCACCUGCUGCUGGGGUUCUCCAUGCUGGUGACCUCAGUAGGAAUGUGUGGGAUCCCGUUCUGUAAGCAGGCUCUGCUGCUCACCGCCCUCAUGUCCAGCAUCGGGAUGUCUAUGGGCAUCCUGGAUACAGGCGGUAACGUCCUGAUCCUGAACACGUGGGGCCAGCAGGCGGGCCCCCACAUGCAGGCGCUGCACUUCAGCUUUGCGGCGGGGGCCUUCGUGUCCCCGAUCAUCGCCAAGCUGCUGUUUGGGUCUGACGCCAACAGCAGCACGGUAACCAUAGCAACCAACGCCACCGGCCCCGCCCCCCCGGUCACCAAAGCCCCCGACGCUCACACCAUCAUCCGCUACAUCCACAGCCGGAGCUCCACCCUCCGCUCCAUGUGGGCCUACGUGGUGAUCGGCUCCUUCGUCUUCCUCAUCUCCUUCCUCUUCUUCAUCCUCUACUGCCGCGGCGGCGCGUCACGUGACAAAGCGCGCUCGUCGUCAGGGAAACCGCUGGUGGCCAAACACCACCGCGCCCUCGUCCUGCUGCUCUGCUUCUUCUUCUUCGCCUACGUCGGCGCCGAGGUGGCGUACGGCUCCUUCAUCUUCACCUUCGCCAAAGACUACGCCCACAUGGACGCCGCCCAGGCCGCCGGCCUCAACUCGCUGUUCUGGGCGGCGUUCGCUGCCUGCAGAGGGCUCGCCAUCUUCUUUGCGGCGUGCAUGUCGCCGGGCACCAUGAUCCUGCUGAGCCUGGUGGGCUCCACGCUGUCGGCGCUGCUGCUCUGCCUGUUCAGCAGGCAGCGGGCGGCGCUCUGGCUCUGCACCAGCCUCUACGGCGCCUCCAUGGCCACCACCUUCCCCAGCGGCAUCUCCUGGGUGGAGCAGUACACCACGGUGACGGGCCACACGGCGGCGGCCUUCGUGGUGGGCGCGGCGCUGGGCGAGAUGGUGCUUCCUGCUCUGGUGGGCUUCCUGCUGGGGAAGUUCCCCGAGCAGCCGCUGCUCAUGUACCUGGCGCUCAUCACCGCCACCGCCACCUCCAUCCUCUUCCCCGUCAUGUACAAGCUGGCCUCCGCCCCCGGCGGCCAGGGCAGGAAACCCCGCGCCAGGGGCCGGCCGGACGCCGACGACAGCGAGUACCGCCAGGCGCUGCUGGACUCAGGAGCCAAUGACGAGGAGGAGGAGGAGGAGGAGGAGGACCAGGACAACGAGGCGGAUCAGUGGAACGAUGCAGACUUUGAGGUGAUUGAAAUGGACGACACGGCGAGUCUGAUCAGCUCCCCCAGCAAGGCCUCCGCUCCUCCUGAUGUCACCACUCUGACCAGCAGCCAGGGGGCGGAGCCUGCAGCCGGCGCCGCCUUCUCAGACGCCAUCGCCCUGGUCGGAGACUCACCCAGACGCAAACUCCUGCUGUCUCUGGACCGAGAGAAGAGGGACUGAUCCCCAGGAGAGCCACGCCCACAUGUCUGUCAUCUGUUGUCCAGAAGCUGAAAGCUGCAUAUUUAUGAUAUAACAGCUGAUGAUUGACUCAACUUACUACUGACCGGAACCUGUGCAGCUUAUAACCAUCCAUAGUGAGUCUACUUUGGGUUUUGCACAGACUCAUCAGAAUGUUUAAAAGGGACAGUUCACUCCAAAUUAAAAAAAAUCCACAUUUGUCCUCUUACCUGCUCACAUAAGACCUGUGGAGUAUAUAUAUAUA